ACUCACCUACCUCACCUGUCGUUAGCACCGGUCAUGCAGUUGGAUCGCUGAGAGAGGUCGAGGGCUUUUUAGCUUGGAUCGUAUCCGAGAACCGUUGUUGGGGAAAUGACGGACUUUCUACCUUACAAUGAACGCCAUGCUCUUCGCGUGUUGUCUGAAAUAGGGCGCUCGCUGAGGACACUGCUGGGACCAAACAGAAGGACUAAGUGCAGCGUUGAUUCUGAUGGAAAGUCGUAUGCUCUAUUUUCUGACGUUGUCACCUUAUUGGACGAGCUUCAAGUGGUGCAUCCAGUGGGUACACUAUUCCGUGACUUCUGUCACUCUUGUGCCAAUCACACAGCAUCAUGUGUCACAACGACAGCAGUCUUGGUGUGCCUGAUGGCUGGCAGCCUUUCGGAGCUACUGCAAAAGGGAAUUCCCCAGGAUGUCCUGGUCAAGAUGCUAGCCAAGGUAUCUGACAUCUGUGUUGAGCUUGCCAGGGAGACUGCCAUCUCUGUGCUUUCGUUGGAUGGCACCAAUCCCACAAAGUCCGACAUCUCUAGCAGAACAUCGAGUGACCCGGGCAAGCCGGUGGCUGUGCCUCAGCUACAACACGCUGCUGUUUCUGCUGCUUCAAGUCGCCGGUUGAGACAGGUCAGCCGACACUUUUCUCUGAGCACUUCGGCCGCCAGCCACACAGGCUCGUUGCCAUCAGCAUCUGAAACGGACAGAUGUGCACCAUGGCUAAGGAACCUAUGCAUGGGUGUUAGUCGACAAGGUCUGGGAGGUGUGCUGUAUCGGUGCUGCAUGUCCAUGGUGGAUGCGUCUUCUCUGAACCGGGGUACUGAAGUGCUGGAGCGGAGGCUCAAGUUCUCAGUCAUAGUGCACCCUGUUCUUGGAACAUUUGGAUCGACACCGUUCGUUCAUGAGGGGAUUGCUUUGCUUGUGGACGACGGCCAGAUGCAAGUGAUAGCAGCACGCGUGCGAGAAACACCAGUACUGAACGUCUUGCUGGUUGAUGGAGAUCUUGCUGUCGACUAUCAUGCGGCAGGUCACCUUAAGACAUGGUCAUCCAAGGCCUCAGCUUACGUUCGUCCCCCGUACAUGGGUCGUCCCACCAAGGAGACAAUUUGGCUGGAAAGGAUAAGAGAACAUCUGGACAAGCUGAACGUACACACGAUCGUGGUGUCGGGUGGCGUUGAUGAUGACGUCAUUGCUCUAUGUCACUACCUCGCCAUACCGGUACUGGAGUGCAGCCAUGACGUCAUGACAGUGAUCAGUUCUACGUAUGGACUGAUGGCCGCUGAAACACUUCUAUCGGCCAACACGUACCAUGUGAUCAAGGACAUGGUCUUGUCCGUGGAGCGUAUCUCAGACAGCAUUUGUCAGGUGAACAGUCAGAGAAUAGUCCUCGAUGAUCCAUGUGUGCCACCAAGAAGUAGAAAUAUUGUACGCCUGAAAUCCAAACCAAGCUUCACCAGUGAGUUCCACGCGGGGUUUCCUUCAUCGGAGUGUACUCCCUGCUGCUCCGUGUUCCUGACAGCAGCCACACAUGCACGAUUGGCUAUGAUUGAAGCCGACUUCAAGUCCGCGCUAAAGCGACUUCGCAAUGCGUUGAAGUUCAAGCUGGUCCUUCCAGGUGCUGGUGCCCUGGAGAUGAAAUGUGCCAGAAAGUUGCAGGAAUUGUCAGAAAGACAACCAACAGGAUACAGCAGUGGUAUACCACCCACCAAGGCCUGUAAAUCCAAGCCUGCAUACGGCAAUCGUUUCCAAGAUGCGCAGGAAACUACGGGCAGCAGCCAAAGUCCUAUGGGUCCAGAAACUGUUUCCCAGGGCACUGGAUAUGCUGUGCAGCAUCAUGUCAAUGGCAAAGCGACUGUCUCUUCUCUAGAUGCACUUGAUGGGUACGAACGCCUUGCUUACCGGGAGUUUUCUUCUGUAUUUGUCAAGUACUUGUCCCAACUCCUGCUCAACAGUGGCUGGGGUUCUGAGGGAUACAUUGCAGAAGUUGAAGUACAGCGGUGCAUGAAGGCUGGCUCAGACCUUCCAGUUGGUAUGUGUGAUGAUUUGGGAUCGUGUUCCUCUGGUGGAGCGGAUGUGUACGAUUGUCUACAUGGCAAAUUGUCUGCCUUUCAAAACUCUGCUGCAUUUCUAUCGACUGUUAUAACAUGUGAUAAAAUCCUCUGCACAAGGACAUGUAAUAGCCAGCAAUGAUCUCCUACUAGUAUAGGAAGCUGUACAAGUUGUCAUAGUAUUCCUUUCACUCAUGUCAUCUUUGGAAUCAUUUCGUCUCCCUGUUCAUUGAUGAUUCAAAUUCAUAUGCAAUGUAGCUGCUGAAACAACGAAUUGCAGUGAUGCAACAGUCACAUCGACUGGAUCAACUGGCAACACACGCGAGCUACUCCAGCAUGCAAACACCCACAGACAGACAGACAGAUAUAUAUGCCAUGAAGUUUCAUCAACUAUUUAUGAAAAGUUUUCGAAUUA